AUGAAUCCACUCAACGCCCUCAGCCAAGCGUUUCCGCCAAAACCACACUUCACAGAGUCUUCAGUGCCUGAUUUGACUGGCCGUGUCGCCCUCGUGACGGGCGCCAACACGGGCGUCGGCCGUGAGGUUGCACAGGUCCUCUACAGUAAGAACGCCACUGUCUGGGUCGCCAGUCGCAGUGAGGAAAAAGGUCGGGCCGCUCUCGAGACUAUCAAGCAGCAGCAUCCGUCGUCCAGCGGCGUGUUGAAGCUGCUCAAGCUUGACCUUGCCGACUUGACCACUAUUGGUGCCUCGGCAAAGCAGUUCCUCGAAGCUGAGAGCAGGCUUGAUUUCCUGUUUAAUAAUGCAGGCGUCAUGACGCCCCCUGAGGGCUCAAAGACGAAGCAAGGAUAUGAGCUUCAGCUGGGGACGAAUUGCGUUGGCCACUUUCUCUUUACCAAGCACCUCACACCUCUUCUUCAGGCGACAGCCAAGACAGCGCCGAAAGACUCUGUCCGUGUCAUUUGGGUGUCUAGCUCAGCUGCCGAUGCAUUUUCACCCACAAACGGCUUUGACCCCGAUAACCUCGAUUACAACAAGCCGCGCACGAUCAUGCACAAGUAUGGUGUGAGCAAGGCUGGCAAUUAUUACCAUAAUGCGGAGUUUGCAAGGAGGUAUAAAGAAGAUGGGAUUGUGAGCGUGGCGCUCAACCCCGGUAACUUACACAGCGAGCUUGACCGUACCUCAGCCUGGUGGUUGUACUACCCUCGAGUCAUAACUUGCUACCCUCCUAUUAAUGGAGCUUACACUGAGCUCUUUGCUGCAUUUUCCCCUGAUAUCACAAUCGAAAAAUCAGGAAUCUGGGUUGUCCCUUGGGGCCGAUUCAUGCCCAUCCGUCCAGACUUACAGGCUGGUGCCUUACUGGAGUCCGAGGGCGGAACAGGAAUGGCAGAGAAGUUUUGGCUGUGGUCGGAAGAACAGGUAAAGCCAUACCUGUAA